AUGACCAUCAUCUCCAUCGACUUUGACGCCUUCUACGUGAGCUGUCAUAGAUCAAUAGAUCCCAGCCUGCGUGGCAUUCCGUUCGCCGUGCAGCAGAAGCACAUCUUGUGUACUGUUAGCUACGAAGCCAGAGCGAGGGGCGUGAAGAAACUCGGCAGCCUGAGUGAGGCACGCAAGAUAUGUCCCGAAAUACAGACGGUCAACGGCGAAGACCUUACGCUCUACCGCGCCAUCUCUAGAAACGUAUUCGCCUUCUUAUCGGACUAUCUCGGCACAGAUACGCCCAUCCAGAAGCUCGGUCUGGAUGAAUACUUCAUAGACAUCACGCGCGUCGCUGCGCAGCCGCGCGAGCAAUGCGAUAAGCAAGCGCAAUCGCAAUCUCAUACACAAACUCACCUUGUCUGCGCUGAGAAUCGCUUAACAGACAGCGAGGAGAUAUACGUGAGCAUAACAGCGGACAUACGCAGGCAGAUCUAUACACACUUCCAGCUCACCUGCUCAGCGGGUAUCAGCAACUCCGUCAUGCUCAGCAAGCUCGUCGGCAACCUCCAUAAGCCAGAUAAUCAGACGCUGUUGAAUGUGAGGAGCGACGCGGAGUUGCAGGCAUUCCUCGAUCCCUUCCCGCUGCGAAAACUACACGGUUUCGGUCGUGUGGUCGUCGACAGGCUCGCGAGUCUUUUGGGGUGCGAGAAUGAGGAUGAUCUGACAGUGCACAGCGCCCGCACGCGUCUCUCGCUGCUAGACUUAGAAGAGGAGUUUGGCAGCAGAUUAGGCGCGCGUCUAUACCACAACUUGCGCGGUAUAGACGAAACCGUUGUGAAACAGUCCGAUAUACGCCCACAGCAGAUCAGCAUCGAGGAUUCCUCGGGAAAGAUCGAUAGUGCUGCAGACGCAUGGGCGAUGCUGGAGAGCGUGACAGAGAGACUGGUGCGCCGCUUGGACGAAGAGUACGCCACUGUCGAUGGUGGUAGCGGUAGCAAUGGUAGAUCUAGGAGUGUGUUCGAACUGCAUCCGUCCCGCGUGAGGGUCAGCACACGCAGAACAUCCACUAUACCCAAUACACGAGUCGCUGCUCAUGUACCUGAGUCGCUCAGCAGCGCUGUCGGUGUCUCGCUGUUUGAUAUCGACAGGUAUACCAUAGAAGAGCGUGCGAGGAGGUUGUGCAGAGAGUGUUUGUAUAGCUUGACGAAGAAGCUGUACGACGCAGGUGUGGCACAUGGCGCUAAUAAACUGCGCGUGAUUAAUGUCGCUUUCACCGAUUUCGUUAAUGGUCCGCCACCUGCGCCGAUCGACAAGAUUAUUAGGAGCAAGAAGAAGACGGAAGUAGUGCACUUGAGCAGCAGUGAUGAUGAGUCAGUUGAAGGAAGCGAGCAGGAAGAAGACGCGAUAAUUUGCCCUUUAUGCCAUGCUCAGCUGAUGUCAUUCACGGUAGAGUCACAUAUGCGAUUCCACGAGCUGGGAGAUUAG